AUGGACAACUUUAACAACUCUUUGAACGUAACCAUGCAAGCAUUUCAGUUAAUCUCGGAAGCAUACACAUUUUGCUAUGUGAAUCUGCAGAAAUCCAAUAUUCCAUUACCUGCACCGGAGCAAGUGCUAUCAGCAACAAGAACAACUGUUUCAUAUAUCCUAUCAAACUCACCUAGCUUUAUUCGACAACUGUAUGGCAUGAUCUCACAAAUGGCCAUUGAGUCCAACUUUAUGGGCAUAUUCCUGUCAUUGAUCAUAAUGUACGCCUUUUACUGCUUGAUUUUGGGCAUGUUCCGAUGGAUCUAUCGCUUGGUUUAUGGAUUUGUUCGAUUCAGCCUGAUUCUAGCAGUGAUUGGAGCUGCUGUAUACUUUGCACACAUGUAUCUAUCCAGUAGCACUACAACAUCUGAAGAAACAACAAAAUCAUACAGUUGA